CCAUCUCUUGUCUCCUCAAUAACCUCAUGAUUUGAUCACCCACUUAAAUUAAAUCACUCCCCAUUUGCAAAACCAUACACUAUACUCAAUCCAAUUUACUCUCCCCCAAAUAUUCAAUAAAUCAAAAAAACCAAAAAUGAUGCCCAAUAUUGAUCCAAGCGGAGAAGGAUCAUCAGCCCCACCUCCACCUCCACCUCCACCUCCGCCGCCGCGGCCUCAGCUAAGCCGGUACGAGUCACAGAAGCGACGCGACUGGAACACCUUCGGCCAGUACCUCCAGAACCAGCGGCCCGCGGUUGCACUGCCGCAGUGCAACUACACGCACGUGCUGGAUUUCAUGAGGUACUUAGACCAGUUCGGGAAGACCAAGGUCCACGUCCACGGCUGCGCCUUCUUCGGCCAGCCCGACCCAGUGGGCCCCUGCGCCUGCCCUCUCAGGCAGGCCUGGGGCAGCCUGGACGCCCUCGUGGGCCGCCUCAGGGCAGCCUACGAGGAGAACGGCUGGGCUCCUGAGACAAACCCUUUUGCCAACGGGGCCAUCAGGGUUUAUCUCAGGGAUGUCAGGGAUUCCCAGGCGACUGCCCGUGGAAUCCCCUAUAAGAAGAAGAAGAGAAAGAGGAAGAAAAAUAGUGAAGGUGUGGCUUCAAAUUUUCAUCAGAUGCAAUCUUCUGGAAUUUAAUUUGACUUUGGUAAUACUAUUAUUUAUAUUAUUAUAAUAUCAUAUACUAUUAAACUGUGCAACUUCUUAAUUUUCUUUUGGUGCAAUUCUUGUAAUUCAAAAGAUUUUAUUUCAUACAAAUAUAUGUAUGCCUUUGGAACCCUAAUCAUCCAAAAACCCUAAAUUUUCAGACUUUUUCUCCAAAAAUUAAAGCAGAUUUUCGAAGUUCAGAUUUAAUUUCACUCUGUGAAAAUGAUACACCAACUCCAUAUCUCGAGGAGAAUAGGAAUGAGAAUUUUAGAGUGGAGAAAAUAAAAUUCGGCGAUUUUUAUGUGUUUUUUUAAAAAAUGUUUUUUAAGCCAAUUGGUUAUUUUAUAAUUUAUAAUAAGAAGGAAAUCGUAUUUCUUGUCAACUUUUGUCCAAUUUUGUGUCUUUUUGGAUUUGGCACAAUCUUGUGUUCGCCAUCGAACUUGAUCCCAUUAAUGGUGAUUUAUCUAAAUUAUAAAUACAAAAAUAAAUGUAUCAUAAAUAUAUGGAGGAGUUUUAUAAUACAUGUAUUUUCUUGAUUACACAUAUUUGCUUGAUCAGUCGUCUGAUCUUUUGUUUUGUCUAGAUCAUGAAUUCAUUUUUGGGGAUCAUCAUGUCUUUUUCUUUCUAGCAAUAAAACUUAAAUUAAUUGUCAUUUUGUUUCUUUUCUACAAGAUCAGUAUGCGGAUUGAACUAAUUACCAUAUAGUUGUUGAACAAUUCCGUCAUAGUUAAUAUGCGACUAAAAAUAACAACUUUCUCUUCUAUAGUUUUAGUCCCAAAAUGAAAAAAAAAAUUGAAAAAAAAGUUUCAAGUUUUUAACAUUAUCAAUUCUUACGUAUGCAGUAAGUAUAUAAAACAGAUUAUUUGAUUAGUUUUAUAUACACCUAUAAAACAGAUUAUUUGAUUAGUUUUAUAUACUCCUAUAACUUAUUACACUGAUAAUAAUGGUAUAUAUCUAGAUUGGUAAUCCUUUUUUUUCUUCUUGAUUUGUUUCAAGAGGUGUAUAUUUGUAAUUGUUGGAGAAAGAAAAGAAACUCAUUAGGCUCAA